CCGCGGGUCACGUCGAUGCAAAGCUGUGCCUCUCACCGGCACCGGCACCGUGCAUUCGCGUAUGCACACUAUGGGCAGUGUUCCGGAGCAGACUAGUUCUGUGCAUGCCCGUAGAUCGACUUCGGACACGUAAAAUCCCUCCACAUACUGAGUUGUGUAUGUCAUUUCUGGUCUUUAUUAAAAGAUAAUAAUUGUUAAAUGACACCAUGCGGAGGUUGUCAGGAGCUCUGAGCUGAGAUAUUCAGCGAUUUUGAUUCCACAGCUCUGAGAUGCUUUAGAAUUUUAAUCAGAUCAAACAAGCCAGAAAUCCACCAGCUGAAUCUUACAUCUAGUCUUUGACAAGCCUCUUGGUAACUUCACUAUGAGUGGAGCAGAGAAGCCUCCUGAUUCCCCACUGUCCAACGGGUCCACCAAGCACCAUGAAGGAUUUGCCGAGAUGAAAGGACCCAAGGAUAAGGACUAUGAGAAACGUUGGCUGAUGUUGAUGGACAACAAAAUUGUUAUGUACAGUCAGAGGGUGACACAACGUGAACUCAGCACAUCUAAGCCAGUAGAGUCGUUGGUCAUAGACAGAAACUGCACAUUAACACCCGACAACAAGGAAAAAACCAAACUCACCGUGAAGAGCAAAGCUGGCGCUUACAAAUUCAAGAUGAGCACACAAGAUGAGAGAGAUAAUUGGUGGAUUCGGUUCUAUGCCAUAGCUAAGAUGGAGCUUCCAAAAAUUCACCUGCUACCAGGCCAGACUAUUGCCCUUCAAGAGAUCAUUGAGAGCAUGGACAGCGUACUGCCUGAGGCAGCCGCGGCUAAGUCACCGGUCAUGAAGUCACCCAGGAGUCAGACAUUUGUAAAGAAGCCAUCCAGGGAUGGGGAUCAUCCAAAGACAAAUCAUCAGGAUGAACUGAAUAAGAAGUACCGUUUCUACCCUGAUCAUCUCAUCCAGGGCUUCCGAGACGAUUUCCCCAUACCUCCAACGUGGUACUUUGAGGUUACCAGGGCAGUAGCCGAAGAGCUUCUUCUGAAUAAUCAAGAGCACGGAUCCAUCGUCAUUCGAAACAGCGAGUCACACUCUGGUUACUCGCUGUCCAUGAGGCAAGAUCCACCCAGAGGGAACCCCGAGGCCCAACCCAUCAUCAAACACUACAGGUUCAACUGGAACGACAAGCGGGGAAGCUACGAGAUGGUCAUCGAGGAAAAGCAACCAGAAAUGAGGACCAUGUACGAUCUGUUGGCGUUCUUCAUUGAGAAACAUGGGGGCAACAUCCGACCAAUACAGACACGGGAUCUGAAGACACCUCAACAUCCCUAUGAGCUGGGACUUAGUUUCUCGAUGAAAGAUCCUGAAAAUGGGGAAGCUAGUCAACAUCAAGAUACAUACCUACAGCCACAAAGAGUCCCAUCUACCAAGAAACGCCCAGACCGGCAGUCUCUACCAUCCACCUUCAAUGCGACACUACCAGAUCUGCCAGUGCAGGGUACUCAGGCUGCAUCAGCAAGUAACAGACACACGCUAGUAACUACCCCAGAAACUGCUAUUGCGUCCAAUCCCUCUGCAUAUGUGGUAGCCAGUCCCGAACGGCCGAUGUACAUUAACGUCGGCAAAAACAAACUCCCCACAGUAAGCGAAGGCGAUGACCAGAAUAUGCUCAGACGGCAGCAGCGUUUUUCUACUUCUGCUGUGCCCUCGCUAACUGCUGUUCAGCAAUCGUCUGAGCCACGUCCACCUAGUUUGCCCCCACCUCGUCAGCGGUGUGUAUCAACGUCAGAAGCCACCAAUCAGCCACGACCAGAUCCAAACACCGCAAAUUUAACUGAUGUUUAUAACACUCCGAGUGGUCACGCAUUUGUUUUGCCCCGGCAACAAACGAGCCCAGUGUUACCCGUGGCAACAGCUGAAGCCAAGAGAAAACAAGACACACGGCCGAGAACAAAGACUUCACCAGCCAUGAUGGACACCAGUGAUUAUUUAGCCCCAUCCCAACAACACACCCCCCAAAAACCGGCACCAGGCAACCAACCAUUGCCAAGUGCCCACAAGGUCCUACCCAAUCGGCCCUUAGUAUUCAAGCCACCCAUCAAGACCAAGCCCGAGUGCCAACAGUCCCCUCCUACCAGUUACAUCCAUCAGCAUGGCAGGCCCCGAGGCCAAUCUUCCCCCUCGUCGUUUGAAGGAUUGAGUUGUCCAGUGGCCGAAGAGGAGCUGAAUAAGGUGUUCAAAAAGUUUGGCAUUGACAAGUCCAAAUAGAGGGAUGCUCCGUGCCAUUCUGGGAGCAGGCUUUCUGGACAACUCGGAGAACUGUUGGUGGCUGCUUCAUAUCCAAGAAGAAUUUUGGCAUCAGUGUUUCCUGACCUCGAUGAAGUUUAUCCUACAAGAUCUUCCUUUGGUAUAUUUUAGGAACUUGGGACUUUUGAAAUCUCCAUCUUUCCCUUAUGUCCAAGUAACUAACAGAAAGAAGUGGUUUGUCUGUGAAGUUUUAUGUUGCACUUGGAGUUAUGUUGGGUGUGACAUCAACGAAGGGCAGUUCUGAACUUCCACCCAAAGCCUUGUGUGUAUGAGACUAGUAAAUUGUAAAUAUUGUUUAUUGUGUAUUAGGUAAAGGACGCAUUGAAAACAGGAUCUAGAAUUUGCUUUUUGAUUUGUUUUACUCACUGGGCUGGCUUGUACUCAGAAUCAAAGAGACACAUUAGUGUAUGUUCUUUUGUUGAUGGAAGAAUGUGUGAGACUUGCUCUUUGAAUUUGAAAAUACCAAUUUUGGUAAGUUCAUUAUAAUCAGUUGCAAAAAGAAUAAAAUGAGCUUUUUGUACAUCUGCCUGGGGGGUAGUUAGAUAAAUUACAUUCAGGUAUUGCUCGCAGUUGAACCCUACCUCUUUAUAAGGAAAUGUCUUUCCAAACAUUUAAUCAUUCCACAAUAGUAAUGUUCACCUCGGACCUAUGUUGCUUUUGGUUUCCUGUUGAACAUAUUUAAAUUUUCUGGGCAUUGAAGAACAUUCGGAAUGUUUGAUGGUGAGGGAAAAAGGUUGGUAUAAUAUAUGUGGUUUGUCUGUGAAGUUUAAUGUUGCACCUGCAGUUAUCAAAGAUUGAAAGGUUCAUCGAGAUAAUGAUAUUGUGUAGGGAAAUGACAAAUUCAAUGCCGUUCAUGUACAUGAUGCGCUUUGCAGUGGGACACAAAGUUACUCAUAUUUUGGCUCAGUUCUGUUUCUUCUUGUCUUUUUUCAAUGUGCAGCACAUAUUGUGAGAAAGGUGCCUGGGUAUCAAGGGAUCGCAAUUAGUUUUUAUUAUCAACAGCCAAUUGCCAUGUCUCGAUAAGGCCCUUAAUUUCAUGUUGCAAGAUUGUAUCAUCUUGUGGUUGGUGUAAUGGUUCAACUUUGGUGGUGUUUAAUAAUUCCAUGUCAAUGCCAUUCAGGCCUGUAUACUAAAGUACUCUCGUCUCCUGUGUAAUCAAAAAUAAGGAACAGUUGUGUAUCUUUGGAAUGUCGGUAAGUCUAGUGACAAAACUCCAGAAUUCUGUGCUCACAUCUGAAUGCAGGUGGCAACGCUUGGCUUUUUUUUUUUUUUUUUACAUGCUCAUUAAGCAGUUAUUAUUGCCCAAAUCAGCAAGGUACAGCCGUUUCCUUGAAACAAGAUCACGUAUUAAUAAAACAAUGUAGAUAUUUAUUUAGUGAGGUUAGCUUGAAGAUCCUUUGGAUAAAGUUGCAGUUUAUCCAAAGGAUUGUACAGUUUCUUUAACUUGAUAUUUUGAAUCCAUGACUGUUUGGUAUUUUGUACUGUACUUUGUAAUGUCACAUGCCAGUUGCUUCCUCUGAAUUAUUUUUUACUCGGACAACUUUGUAAGGCAAUUGUUGGGUUCCUUUUUCAGUACAAAUCUAUCUUGCUUAUAUUUUUCAGCAGAUGUGAAUAAUAUUUAAUGGAUUAUCCGUGCAUUUUGUUGUAGCAUUUUUGUACAGUUGGCUGAGAUAAGUUGGCGCUAAGCAGGCAGCAUUUGUCAACAUAUGUAACAGAUUUUCAUAAUUAUUUUAUAUUUUUGGUAGAACUAUGGAAAUACUUGAAUGUGUAAAUAAUUUUGAAAAAAGGAAUAACCUAAAAUUAUCUUGAAGCUGGCAAGGAUGGACUAUUGGUAAUUUUUAUAUUAUGCAGCUAUUAGAAGAAAACUUUUAUUUCUUGACAAUUUAUUCAAAUGACUACAAAUAUGACUGAGCCCACUGAUUAUGAAGAACAUGAUAAAACCUACACGUUUGAUAUAGUUUUAGAAAAAUACCAGCAUAAAGCAGCACAUUGAAAUUGUAACCACCAUCGCUGGAAUUGGCUCAUUGAGGGACCAUACCCAGACGUGAUGACAUGUAAGCAUAGACAUGAGUCACUUAGCAGAAAUGGGUUACUGGCCAAAAUUAUGACACGCUUCUCAUGUUCAGUAACUAGUUCCUAGCUAGUUUUUCUGCUUAGCAUCUAAGUUGAUCAGUGCUCUGUGACUAUAGCAGAAUGAGAUUUUGUCCUGUACCUGUUUCCUUCCUUUGUGGAACUUUCUAAUUUUCUCUGAACCAGUAACUUUCUGUACAUGGAAUCCAUGAACGCUCGCAACACCAUUGUGGCACACUAUUUUUUUCUCAAGAGGUUUUUGAAGAUAGACAUGAACAACGAUUUUUACUAUUUCACAGAUGAAAAACCAACAUUAGUCUUUGUUAACGGACAGUAAACUUUUGGGUGCUUUUUAUUCGAGCAUUAUGUGCAUCCAAUAGUUGACAAUACUGAUGACGCCACACCUUAUAAGCGCCGGUCCACUCAGCACCAUGGGCAACCAUACACAUAUAAACAAAGUGUUGACUCCUUAUCACAGAGGUCUAUUGCUACUGUAAGGCUUGGAAUCAGUGCCCCCCACAAAUUCCCAGUGCCCUCAGGUCGCCCCCCUCCCCCUAGUAAAAUCCUAGCUACGCCACUGCUUUGAAUAGAUCACAGACUGUUUGACAUCAGUUGCUUUGACAAAAUGGAAGUUGAAUUGUCAGACAUUUACUCACAGACCUGAGUUUUGGAGGGUAAAAAAGUGAACAAUACUUAGCCUUUUUGGACCUCUGAUUUUGACAUUUCAGCACUUUUGUAAUAUCUGAAUUGUAGGCACUACUUCAAAAUAAAAUACUCAGGACAAGACCAUGUACUCUGUCUCUUUACAACAUGAGAGAAGUAAACAAAACACACAAAUCUGUGAUUUGACGUGAUCACUUUCUGAUUCCUUAUUUCAUAGAUGUGCAGUUGACACAAACAAAUUGGCAGCAGUACAAUGGAUAUCAAAGGUGCAUCAGACAAGAGUUUGUGGUUUGUUUUCUUCAUAAUUAGGUACUUUAUGACUUGCCAAAGAGAGACUUGCUAACCUAGGCUGUAUAAAAAUAUGCAAAACAAUUUGGUUCCAUUGUGAAUGCUUUAAUUUCACCACCAAUAACCACUCUUUUGAUACAUUGUUAUAAAUAUUUUUUUUAACAGCUUGAUAUUAAUCAUGCAUAUAAGAUUACACAAGUACUCAUAUCUUUCCGUGUAAUAACUAUCUUUGAUGUGUUGCAUAAGUUUUGGGUGACUGUAUUGAUAUCAUUGUAAUGAUGGGUACAACAUUAAUAAACAAAAGCUGUAUAUCAUGCUAAACUUUCAAAACUCUUA